AAGAAUUUUGAUAUGGAUUGUUGUUAUGGUGUGUUUCUCUCCUCCUUGAAUCCUUUCCUUGGGUUGGAUGGUUGGAUUUGCGUUUAGGCUUAGCGAUGCUGGGUUCAGGUAUGAAUCUGACUACUAUUGUGAUCGGGUUUGGGAUGAGCGCGACUUUUAUUGUGUUUAUCUGCACGAGACUGAUGUGUGGGAGGAUCCGUGCGAUGGAGUCCAGACCAGUGUUCGAGCUGGACGCCGUGACUGAUCUUGAACAGUCGGAACAUAGGAUGAAUGGUCUUGAACCAGUUGUAGUUGCAGCAAUUCCCACAAUGAAGUUUAAUAGUGAGGCUUUCCGCUCAGUUGAAGAUGCACAGUGCUCAAUAUGUUUAUGCGAGUACCAAGAAAAAGAAAUUCUGCGAAUUAUGCCCAAAUGCAACCACAAUUUUCACCUCUCCUGCAUUGAUGUGUGGCUACAAAAACAAUCAACCUGUCCAGUUUGCCGUGUCCCAUUACGAGACUCUAUUGGAACGAAAAAUGUGAGACCACCAAUGUUUGGUACUGUCCUACACUCCGUGGAUGGCCCAGAGAUUGCGAGUGACCAAUGGCAGCUAUCUGGCACCGUAAGUUCAGAGGGGAAUGGAAGUAACCAAGGCCACCAUGAAUCUGUACCUGGAAACUCAGAAAGUACCAUAGCAGAAGAAACAGAAAGGAGUUAAUGCAAAA